GGGAAAUGGUACCGUUCAUAUCAGAACACCUUAGCCCAACCAGGACGUCCCGAGGUUAAGGAAAACAUCAGGGAACUUAUUUGUCUAACAAUUUAUGAUGGAUGGGAAUGUGUACCUUAUCCCAGUCCUCUUGAUAUCAACCUAGGCUCCGCAUACCUCGUUGACAAGGAUCUGGGACUCUUCACGGUUGACCGAUGGGCUGUGGAUGUGGAUGAAGGCGGGGAUUCAACCCUGUUUCGACGAACUACCUUGACAAAUCUUCCAACGGGCGAUACAUUUACACCAGAAUUGGCUCUUGAGUCUUUCCAUGGUGUUUUCUUCCCCCAGAACUUCGACGACGACAACGGAACCCAAACACUGAUAUACGAACAUCUAACAAUCAAUAUGAGAAAGCCCACGUCUUUGAACGAGCUGCAGUUAUUGUUUAUGAAUGACUUCAUCGCCAAGUGGGGGCAGAAUUGGAACGAAGCGCCGAGAAAGAAAAGAGUAACCCCUCUGUAUCGUUCCCUAUCUAUUGUUGUCCUACGCAUCGCAGCAUGGGAUGUCGAAGUGCAGGUGCCCAAUUACAACCUCAAGGGUAAAGAAGUGACCAUUGUUCACCACCCGACAUGGCCAGCUCCCUCAUCCGACGUGUUCUGGUUCCAUGGCUUCCUCAUCGUCCUACAUGAGGAUAUUAAUGCUAUUGGUGUGGCCAUCAAAAAGGCGCAAUGGUACUUGCCCCGUAACCCGCACAGGAGCCAUGUUACGCAUAUGAUCCUCAUGGUUUACUAUGAUAUAAGGCUCAUCGAAAUAUCCUCUGGACCUGUUAAAUUGACCCCUGUUAUCCCUCUCAUUCGCAACUGUGCACCAGACUAUCCUAAGCCUGGGUCUCGAGUUUUAACAUCAAUUCUAUCUUCGGCCGCUUGGAAGCCACUGCCUAAGUCAAGGCUCCCCCACCUCCCGAACGAAAUUCUUGAUAUGAUACUUGAACACUUAUCGCAGAGAGAUAUUGUAUCGGCCGCCCAGGCAUUUUCGUAUCUAACUGAAUCGUACUACUCGCCUGGAAGGCAUUCCAGUAACUUGCGAGUUCGAGACUUCGACCGAUCAAUACCAUGCUGUGGCAUUUGGGACCAACCUGAUACAGAAGGCUUUUUUUGCUCGACUUGCUAUAAGUGGUAUCACAGAACGUGUCUUGGUCUAAGUCUCCAAGCGUCUAGUACUAAGUACGUCUGUUACACUUGCGAACAUCCUAAGCCAGGUGGCAUUCCAAUGACAGGAAUGGUCUCUAUAGCUUAUGGCUUUAGCAGACCAUCCUGCAACAUCACCAUCAAUGGUGUUAAUAGGAGCCUCCAAUUAUUUACUUCGGGCCGUGAUGUAGAGGAUACAUCUCAAGUUGGAGGUCCAAUCUGGCAAAUAAGAUACACCCUUUCGUUCGGGGACGCUUUCUCUGGACUGGCUUAUGGGUUUUAA